AUGAAAGAAGGCAUGUCUAAUAACAGCACAACCAGUAUCUCUCAAGCCCGAAAAGCUGUGGAGCAACUCAAAAUGGAAGCCUGUAUGGACAGGAUAAAGGUCUCCAAGGCUGCAGCAGACCUCCUGGCAUACUGUGAUGCCCACAUCCGAGAAGACCCCCUUAUUAUACCAGUGCCUGCAUCAGAAAACCCCUUCAGAGAGAAAAAGUUCUUUUGUACCAUUCUCUGA